GCGUCGCCUAGGUCGCAAAUCUUAACCGCGAAAUUUAAAUAUUGUUGACAUACUGAAUUGACACUGUUUUCGUGCCGGAGAGUGCAUUUUGUUGGCGAUAUUUGGUUUGAGGGUUUAGUUCUACGGUCUUGACGCUUAUCUUAUUUCCUUUUAAUGAUAAAUUCCAGCGCCGUUACAAACUUGAAUUGUUAGUAUUGUGGUGACAGCCUAGAUAGUGCAACAAGUGUGGGAUUAGUACGUAAAAAUGUAAAAAGAUAUCAACAUUUGUGGUUUAAUUUAGUCUUAGUGAGUACACGAUGUUGAGUAAUAACGUUAAAGAACAGGAUUUGAAUCCUUGGCCUGGACUUACUCUAGCAUGUGUAAGGAUUCUCCACCUUUAUACAAAAGUUUUUGGUCAAGAUUUGCAACAGAUUGCAAGAAAAAAUUGCAACAAAUGCAAAUGCGUCCGGGAAGGCCAUGAGGUAGUGGUAGAACACGGGGCAAGAUCCCGAUUGGGACUUGCCAACAACCACGAUGGACUUGACGCGAGGUCUUUAGGCUACGCCUUCGUGCCUGCUGGCCUUACUUCUGCACGACAGGUUGAUCAAUACUACUCAACACUGCCAACCCAUGAAGUCCCAAAACUAGGUUCAAAAGGCGAAAUCGCUCGUCUCCAAAGGAUAGCGAAACAACUUCCAAAACAGGACCUAGCCCUAAGUGCUUGCAAAUUUAUUGAAGAAUCCGUCAAAAGUAGUUUUCAGGAUUUCAUAUCUGCUAGAAAUGAAAUAGCGUUAGAUAUAGGUAUAGCAAAACCGGCGCCACCUAAUAGUGUCUGCGACGGGUGUAACCGAUCCAUUAUAACCCAACAAGUCAGUGUUGUGGCCCCCAGAAUGGGGAAAUUGAUAUGGCAUCCGGCUUGCUUCAGGUGUACUACCUGUGACGAUUUGUUAGUAGAUCUGGCUUAUUGUGUUUAUGAAGAUAAGAUCUAUUGUGAAAGGCAUUACGCGGAGUUAUUGAAGCCCAGGUGCGAAGGCUGUGAUGAGCUCAUUUUUAGUGGCGAAUACACAAAGGCCAUGAACAAGGACUGGCAUGGACAGCAUUUCUGUUGUUGGCAAUGCGACGAAAGUUUGACUGGUCAACGUUACGUCCUCCGCGACGAGCAUCCUUAUUGCGUGUCAUGUUACGAAUCCGUCUUCGCCAAUGCUUGCGAGAAGUGCAGCAGGACCAUUGGUAUCGACUCAAAAGACCUUUCUUACAAAGACAAGCAUUGGCACGAAGCCUGCUUCUUAUGCACAACAUGCGGGGAAUCCCUGGUCGACAGGCAGUUUGGGUCCAAAGGUGACAGGAUCUACUGUGGACGUUGUUAUGACGAGCAGUUCGCCUCCAGGUGUGAUGGUUGCCAUGAAAUCUUCAGAGCCGGAACAAAGAAGAUGGAAUAUAAAACACGGCAGUGGCAUGAAAAAUGCUUCUGCUGUUGUGUAUGUAAAGUACCCAUUGGUACCCAGAGUUUCAUUCCUCGUGAACAAGAAAUCUACUGUGCCAAAUGUUAUGAAGAGAAAUUCGCCACCCGUUGCAUUAAAUGUAAUAAGGUUAUCACUAGCGGCGGCGUAACGUACAAGAACGAGCCAUGGCACAGAGAGUGCUUCACCUGCACCCACUGCUCCAAGAGCCUCGCCGGAGAGCGUUUCACCAGCCGCGACGAGAAGCCCUAUUGUGCAGAAUGUUUCGGCGAGUUGUUCGCAAAACGUUGCUUUGCCUGCAACAAACCAAUCACCGGUAUUGGAGGCACGAAGUUCAUCUCGUUUGAAGACCGACACUGGCACAACGAUUGCUUUUUCUGUGCCUCUUGCCGUACCAGUCUGGUGGGCCGCGGUUUCAUUACCGAUCAAGACGAUAUAAUCUGUCCCGAAUGCGCCAAACAGAAAUUGAUGUAGAUAUUGUAAUGUUAUUACAAUUUAUUUUUUUAAUUCAGUGACCGUAAUGACAAAGGUAGCUCAGUAAGGAAAGGAAAUAGGAACAUUUGACUGGAUAACACGCACACACGACACAAUAUACAGAAUACACUCUCUUAAAAAAUAUAGAAAAAAUGCAAAAAAAAUAGAAUGGUACUAUAUCACCUUACAUCAAAUUUUCAAUAAUUUCGUUAUUUAAAUUUUGAUGUACAGUAUUUGUUUCCUUCUUGUUUGUUAGGGGGAUUAUUUUUUAUUAAUAUGCUUUUUUAGAGUUAGAAUAAAUGUAUUUAUUUUUGAGAUCAAUUUAAUUAUGAUUUGCCAUAUUAAACGAAAAAACAAAAAAAAAACAACUUACAA